CGGCGAUGUCCGGCUCGCAGCAUGCCGUCUUGAUCAGUUUUGGUGUUGAGCUUUUGGCAUGUUUUGGCUUUUUGGUGUUGAGCCAACAACAGAAAACUACCACAAGAUAUUCAAGAUACCAUUUCUUUGUAUUGUCGCGCAAAAAGCAACCAUGCGCCCUGGGCCAACCUUUGUGACACCCUUGUGACACCCUUGCGACCUUUCAGUUUUCGGCUUCAGACGGCUUGCCACGCAUUCCAGCUAUUUUCCAGCUAUUUUCCAGCUAUCUUCCACCAUGCGUAUGCAGCGUACGCAAUGUGCACAGUGGAUGCUGUGGUAUCGCCUGGUCCUGUUCGCCUGGACCGCAGUCCUCAUCGCCGGGGGCGCUGUCGCUUGGAAAUUCAUCUCGGAGCGCGGCUUUCAUCUUCCAGCGAUUCCAGGCAGCCAGUACGACAAAGAGGAGCAGUCGUACCUGGGUUUCUUCGGUGAUGGUGUGGAUGGGGCUCAGGCUGCGCUGGUGCUUGGCAGUGAUUCUCCAGUCAUGGCGAUGACCAACGUAUCUACCUGUCAGAUCAAACCAGCUCUGCAACAAGUUGGGAGCACUGGAAACACUUUCCAGUUGGAGUUGUCCUGUCAGAAUGAGUCUGCACCUGGCGGUGGAUGUAUCACAUCUUCACAACUCAGAAGUGAAGUGUACUCGCUGGUGAGCAUGUUCAUGUCCAACAUGAUGUCGCCAGAGAAUUUGUCUCACUUCCUCGAGCUACAGGUGGAACCAAUGCUGGAUGCUGCUCCGGAGAUGUUGGCUUGUCCGCAUGUUGAGGACACCUUUCAAAAAAACCUGGCAGAAGCAUCUUUCCAAGUGGAAGAGUCCCUUCGCCAGAAAAUGCCGAACUGCGACUUAGCAGUUCUGUCUUUCUGGUCUCUGCCUCCUCAACAGUUUCAGCGCAACUUGACCUUUGCAGAGUUCAAGUUUGAAGUCACGGUCACGCUCCCGGCAGGAAGCUUUUGGAAUGUUUUUCAAAAACUGCUCAGCUCCAAAAGCCAAGAACAAAUCAUGGUGGCAGUUCGUGCGCACACAUGCAACGGCUUGCCAGUUGCUGACUUCUCACAGGAGGCUCUUCAAGUGGCCAACAUUCUGAAGGAUGUUGCCGAGGCGGCAGAGGGCAUCGACGGUACCAACUUGAAAGCCGAAGUGAUGUCCUUCGCCAUCAUCGUGGAAAGUAUCAGAGAUGGGGUUGAAGUGGUGAUGGCCAUGUCAACAGGUACCCUUCCCCUUGGGAUUGCGGUCUUGGCAUACAUGGUGGGGAACCCGCGCUUGGUGAUCAUUGCCAUCAUCAAUGUACUAGCUGCCGUCACAGGUUCGGUGCUGGUCAUGGAGUGCCUUGUAACCCACCUGAUGCCGGUGAGCAUUUUCACGCCGCCCUUCUUGAUUGCAGUGGUCCUGUCCAUGUCCAUUGACUAUGCCUUGUUUCUUUUGAGCAGAUUCCAGAAGGAGACAGCAGCAGGUGCAGCAGCAGCUGAAGCCAUGGCUAUCAGCCUUUCCACAUCUGGCCGUAUCGUCGCGCAAGCUGGUGUGAUCUUAGCAUGCUGCUUUGCCUGCUUACUGAUGACGCCAGUGCAACUGGUCAGUGCUAUGGGAGCAGGUGGGCUUGUGGCGGUGGCUGUGGCCAUGGCGGCCAACCUCACCUUGACCCCAGCUCUGAUUUUAGGAACGCGACCCACUUUCUGGAUUAGCAAGCCCAAUGCACCUUGUCGACCUUGUCGUCAAGCUCCAGAGGGAGAUGCUGAAGCACCAGCAGGUGACGAAGAGUUGCAUGUUCCCAAUGUUUCCAUGGGCUUUUGGCGGAGAUUUGGGGAGCGGUUGACGAGCUGUGCCAAGCCUCUUCUGUUCUUGAUUCUACUCUCUGCAGCCCCUUGCGUUUGGAAGGACUCGAUGCCUUCUUCAGACAUGUUGGGUUUCACACCAGCCCUUCCACAAGGCUCGUCCACAGCCAAAAUCUUCCACAGCAUUGGUGAAGAGUUUGGAUAUGAAGUUCUUUUCCCCACAACAAUUGGGCUUGUGGCUCCAGCUGAAGUGAACCUGGAAGCGUGGAGGCUCCAGGCUUGCAAGGCUUUACAGGAGAUUGGGGAAGAGGUGUACAGAAGUGACUUCACGAGUUCAACCUUCAUGAGUGAAGUCAUCAUUGAUGGCAAGUGCUUGGCAGUUGAUGUUGCUGGAAGUCUGCUGAAGUGGUGGCAAACCAAUGGACAGGAAGGUACCGUCGCCUACAUCGACUACCCAUUGAAUCCUUUGUCCAUCGAUGGACAACGAUGGACCAAGAGCUUGCAGAGAGCUGUGGAAGACCAUCAUCGGGGCAGAUGGUAUGUGCAUGGAUAUGGUCCACUCUUGUCCAGCCAAUCUGGUGAGAUUCGCGAGUUCUUUCCAUAUUUGGUUGUUGCAACGGUUUGCGCGGUCCUUCUCAUUUCCAUUUGCUUCACACGAUCUGUUUUAUGGAGCUUGCGGGCCCUCCUUUGCCUGUUCUGGAUGUUAGCUGUUCUUUGGUGUUUGUCCUCCCUCGUCUUUCCUGAAGGGCUGUACUACAUUGUGCCUUCCAUGAUGUUGCCCUUCCUGGUGGGUGUGGCCUUGGAUUAUGACAUUUUCUAUACUGAGGCAGUCUUGGAAGAAUGCAAUGGUGGCCUCCCAGUGAAAAAGGCUGGCAUCAAAGCGCUUGAGAAGACUGCCAACAUCAUCACAGCAGCCGGAGUGGUCAUGAUAAUAGCCUUCUGCCCACUCCUGCUUUCUUCAACGUUAGUCUUGAAGCAGAUUGGUUUCAUGGCAAUUGGUGGUUUGUCUAUCAGUGCUUUCUGGAACACCAAAGUGGCCAUGCCCGUGUGCUUGCACUUCUUCGGGAAGCACAGCUUUUGGCCUCGGAAUUUGGAGAAAAAGCAGCGCUGCCAGCAGCCAAUUGAUGCCAUUUUCCUGGGGCACCCUGCCUACCUGGUAGAUACGUUUACCUUGUUGACCUCGCCUGACACCGAAAAGCCAUGGAGCGCAUCGUGGUGGAUGUACCUCUUCCUUCCUGUUCUUUGGCUGUUUGGUUUCGUUGGGGCACAUAUCUUGAGGCGCCUUGGCUUGCCAAAUCAUGUUGUUUUGGAUGACUACGAGUACAACGGCCUUCAUGUCCAGACUUGGGGGGUUCUGCACUUCGGCCGCCACUUUCGCAACUCUUUGGAACUUCAUGAUGCUCGACGCAACGUGAGGGCAGCAGCCAGCAGGGCUGAGAAGACCGGCGCCCGGGUGCUAGGAUUAGGUGCGCUCAACAAGGCAGAAUCUUUGAACCGUGGAGGCCUGGACUUGGUUCAACACUUGCCUUUAAGCCGAAGCAUGUGUGUGACUCAUGGAGAUCAUCUCACAGCUGCUGCAGUGGUGGAGAAUGUGCUACGGCUGGUCGCAAGGUUCCCUGAGUUUCGGGAGAAAAUCUUCAUGACCGGAGCCACGGGGAAGACCGGGAAGGCCGUUGCGCUGGCCUUAUUGCGCCGCGGUGUCUCCGUGAUGUGCCACAGUGGCAGCAAGCAAAGACGAGAUGAAUUGGAGACUCAUGGGCUAGCCACUGCAUCCCACCUGCGUGAUGGGGCUGACUGCGGCAUGUGGAUUGUGGGUAAAUAUGACCAGUUGGUGAACCAAGUCAUGCCUCUAUCUGCUGUUGCCUGUGUCUUUGCGGUGCCAAAUCCAGUUAAUCCAGUGUCCCGCUCAGAUGUCAUGGUAUAUGCUGGUGCCACCAUGCAGAUUGAUGAGUCGCGCUUGAAAGGACAACGAGCAAAUCUGAAGCUCUUACGCCAAGAGAUUUAUGCAUGCAAUGCAGCCACCCUGCUUCUUGCAUCAGGUUCCAAGCAGUUCGAUGAUUUGGGUGAAGUGGAUCCACUGACAUUGGAAGGCUACCUGGAGGGGGCUGAAUCCAUUGGCAUCACUCUGAAGCCUCUUGAAGACUUGCAUAGUAAGGGGCGGUAGCUCUUAGAAUUUUGGGUUGUGACCUUUUUUGCACAUUUGUGCUACAGCUACAGCUACCGCGGCGCAGGAGGCCAAAGGGCCUUAAGCCUUAGCGGAAUGUGGCUCUCUCACAACCAUUUUUCCAGUUGCGCAGCAUGCGCAGUGGUUGUACAGCAUGCACAGAGGUCAUGGGAUUGAUCGACGCAAUAGCAAACCAGACAACACGAAGACCCCAAGUUUUGAUUUCUCAUCAAGUUCGAUGAAUCUCGCUUGAAAUGGGCUUGAUGAGCCAUGAAAGGUUUGCUGUUGUGUCUAAGUCCAUGUCAUUGCCUAGAGGCUGUGCCAACGC